AUGGCCACCGGCCUCCUUCCCUCCGGAACCCUCGCCGUCAAGGCCGCCGCCUCCUCCUCCGGCGAGCGCAACCCGGGCCCCGCCGGCCGGCGAACAGCCUCCUCCUCCAACAACGGCUGGUUGGCCCCGAUCUUCGGCUUCUCCGCCGACCCGGGCUACAUUGACUCCGCCGCCGGCAAGGUCGCCUACCCCCAGAAGGCCGACCCGGAGGGAAGCUCGAGCCUGUCCGCGGCGGGGAGGCCCCGCCCCGACCCGAUCCGGUUCACGGCGGAGAAGGCGCGGCUCCUCAGGCUCAUGACCUCCGACGCGGCCUCCCGCCACGACGCCAUGUACCACUCCGCGAUCGCCUCCCGCCUCGCUUCCGACUUCGGGAACCCGACCGAUCUGUAA